CGUGCGUGGGGAGUCCGGUGGGGGAGCGCCGGCGUCUCGCGGCGGGCAGGCAAAAAUGGCACAGGUUAAACAAGUGGGCCUGUUAGCUGCUGGGUGUCAGCCAUGGAACAAAGAUGUAUGUGCUGCUAGUGGAGACAGGUUUGCCUACUGUGCCACUCUUGCUAUUUACAUAUAUCAGCUGGAUCAUCGGUACAAUGAGUUUAAAUUAUGGGCAAUUAUGUCUGAGCAUAAGAAGACGAUCACUGCCAUUUCUUGGUGCCCCCAUAACCACGACUUGUUUGCAAGUGCUAGUGCGGAUAACUUGGUAAUCAUUUGGAAUGUGGCUGAACAAAAAGUUGUUGCAAAACUUGAUAGUACAAAAGGGAUUCCUGCUUCCCUUAGUUGGUGCUGGAAUGCAGGUGAUUCAGUAGCGUUUGUCUCCCAUAGAGGCCCUUUGUAUAUCUGGACAAUUUCAGGACCAGAUGGCGGUGUAACAGUACAUAAAGAUGCCCAUAGUUUUUUGUCAGACAUUUGUCUGUUUAGGUGGCAUCCGAAGAAGAAGGGGAAAGUAGUAUUUGGACACACUGAUGGAAGUCUUUCUAUUUUUCAGCCAGGUUGUAAGAAUCAGAAACAUGUUCUGAGGCCAGAAUCUCUUGAAGGGACAGAUGAGGAAGAUCCUGUUACUGCCCUGGAGUGGGACCCUCUGUCAACAGAUUACCUUCUUGUUGCUAACUUGCAUAAUGGGAUCCGUCUAGUUGAUUCUGAGUCUCUGUCCUGCAUCACUGUCUUUAAUUUUCCCAGUGCAGCAGCAUCUGUGCAGUGCUUAGCAUGGGUUCCCAGUGCUCCUGGAAUGUUUAUCACCGGAGAUUCUCAAGUCGGUGUAUUACGUAUUUGGAAUGUGUCCCGAACAACACCACUCGAUAAUUUUAAGUUGAAGAAAACAGGCUUCCAUGGUCUACAUGUUCUUAAUUCGCCUCCAAAGAAAAAAUCAUUUUCUUCACAGUCUCUUAACAAAAAUCAUCACAUGUCAUCUACAAGUGAGGCUGUCCCUCCUCCAACUCUGACCCAAAACCAAGCCUUUUCUCUCCCUCCUGGGCAUGCUGUCUGCUGUUUCAUGGAUGGUGGAGUGGGGCUUUAUGACAUGGGAGCCAAGAAGUGGGAUUUUCUUAGAGAUUUGGGACAUGUUGAAACCAUCUUUGAUUGUAAAUUCAAACCUGAUAAUCCUGACCUACUGGCUACAGCAUCAUUUGAUGGGACAAUAAAAGUGUGGGAUAUAAAUACUUUAACAGCCGUCUACACCUCUCCCGGUAAUGAAGGAGUCAUAUAUUCCCUUUCAUGGGCUCCAGGAGACUUGAACUGCAUAGCUGGUGGAACUUCCAGAAAUGGCGGUUUCAUCUGGGAUGUCUCACGGGGCAAAAUGAUAACACGUUUCAGUGAGCAUGGAAAGAGUGGCAUCUUCUGCAUUGCAUGGAGUCAUAAAGAUUCCAAAAGGAUAGCAACCUGCAGUGGUGAUGGAUUCUGUAUUAUUCGGACCAUUGAUGGCAAAGUUCUCCACAAGUACAAACAUCCAGCUGCAGUUUUUGGCUGUGAUUGGAGUCAAAACAAUAAAGAUAUGAUAGCCACAGGAUGUGAAGAUAAAAAUGUUCGUGUCUAUUACCUAGCAACUAGCUCUGAUCAGCCACUGAAAGUGUUCAGUGGGCAUACUGCAAAAGUAUUUCAUGUCAGAUGGUCUCCUUUGAGGGAAGGAAUACUCUGCAGUGGCUCAGAUGAUGGUACUGUUCGAAUAUGGGAUUAUACUCAAGAUGCUUGUAUAAAUGUUCUUAGUGGGCAUAUAGCACCAGUUCGGGGAUUGCUGUGGAAUUCAGAAAUACCUUACUUGCUGAUAUCGGGCAGCUGGGAUUAUACAAUCAAAGUAUGGGACACAAGGGAUGGAACUUGUCUGGACACUGUGUAUGAUCAUGGUGCAGAUGUCUAUGGAUUAACUUGUCAUCCUAGUCGUCCCUUCACGAUGGCAUCUUGUUCUCGAGAUUCCACUGUGAGACUUUGGUCAUUAACACCUCUAAUAAACCCUCUUCAAAUAAAUAUCUUGGCAGACAGACCAUGGGAUGAGAUUAUUGGACAUACUGACCGUGCAGUGGAAGUCGGUGCUUCUCCUUUGCUAUGUGGCAAGGUAUCCAGGGAUAUUAAACAAGAAGUAGACAAACUUACCGGUAAUUCUCGAGAGAGAAAACUAAGAUGGUUCUCAGAAUGUUUAUCGCCCCCAGGAGGCAGUCAAAAUUUAUGGGACCUUGUUGCUGUUAUAAAAGGCCAAGAUGAUAGCUUACUUCCUCAGAAUUACUGCAAAGGAAUUAUGCACAUGAAGCAUCUGAUUAGAUUUAAAAUGUCCAAGGCCCAAGAACUUACAACUGUAAAAAUGUCUAAGUUUGGAGGUGGUAUUGGUGCACCUAGUAAGGAGGAAAGGCUAAAAGAAGCGGCAGAAAUACACCUGAGGCUUGGGCAAAUUCAGAGAUACUGUGAACUUAUGGUGGAACUUGGGGAGUGGGACAAAGCACUCUCAGUUGCACCUGGAGUAUCUGUGAAAUACUGGAAGAAGCUAAUGCAAAGGAGAGCUGACCAGUUAAUUCAGGAGGAAAAUGAUGAUGUUAUUCCAUACUGCAUAGCUACUGGUGAUGUGAAGAAACUUGUCAAAUUUUAUACUUCAAGAGGCCAACUUAAAGAAGCUUUGCUUCUUGCACAGGCAGCAUGUGAAGGCAAUAUGCAAACAUCACAGUCUUCAGCAUCAAAUAUAUCAGCACAUUUUGAAGGAAAUAACUUGGAAGAUUACAAUGAACUCCUACAUGAAGUCAGUAAAGAACUGGCUGAGUGGUAUUUCCAGGAUGGCUGUGCAGUGCAAGCUGCCUGUUGCCAUUUAGCUGUUGAGAAUAUCGAGCUUGCCAUGGCAAACCUGAUUCGUGGAAAUGAACUGGAGUUGGCAGUCAGUAUGGGUACUGUCUUAGGAGAAUGUGCAGCGCAAGCAACACAUUAUGCUCUAGAGUUGCUAGCAAGAAAAUGUAUGACUAUAACAACAUGGGAUUUAGCUACAGAUCUUCUUAUGAUGAUUCCUAAUAAUGAGCUACAUUUAGUAAAGCUGUGUGCUUUCUAUCCUGGAGGCACAGCAGAGAUAAAUGACUUACAUGAAAAGUGCAGCCUACCAGAUGUAGAAGAAUGUAUGCAAUUAGCACAAACAGCUGAAACUGAAGGAAAUACAUUUGGGUCAAUAAAGUAUUAUUUGUUGACUAUAGAACCAGAAAAAGCACUUCCUAUAGGCAUUAAGUAUGUCAAAGAACAAAUUAGUAACUCUGGUUGGACCCUUGACUCAGUCUGCCCAUUUCUUGAUCUUCUAAGUUAUAUACGCACAGAGAGGCUGUUGCUGCAUAAAUGUAGCGAACUUCGAAAUGAGUUGUUAAUACUGUGUGGCUAUAUUGGUGCUCUGCUGGCUAUUAGAAGACAGUAUGCUAGUAUUGUACCUGCACUUUAUGAAUAUACAAGCCAGCUUUUGAAAAGACGGGAAGUGUGUGUACCCUUGAAAAUUGAACAACUGUCUGAGGAACUUGAUGCUUGGAGAGCUUGUACUCGGUCAUUAUACAAAUCUACUGAAGAAUUACCAUGUACACCUCCAUCUGAAUUGCAACAAGAGGUUUCUUCAACACUAGUAUCUCGAAUAAAAGAAGAACCUCUGAAAGGAAUGAUAGGACCAGAUUAUGUUACAGGCUCUAACCUUCCCAGUCACUCAGAUGUUCAUAUCUCUUGCUUGACUGGAUUAAGGAUACAGGGUCCAGCGUUUUUUCUGGAAGAUGGAAAGUCUGCUAUUUCACUGAAUGAUGCAUUGAUGUGGGCAAAAGUGAAUCCCUUCUCUCCUUUGGGAACAGGAAUACGGCUCAACCCAUUCUGACUAA